AUGGGCCGCAAGAGCAAGAAGGGCGGCAGGAGCAGGAAGCCGCCCCGCCCCGCGGGGUGCCCGGCGCCGCCGCCGACCAACGCGGACUGGGAGGACUCCACCGCCGCCUUCCGGAAGGAGGCCGAGUCCGCGAUCCGCGCCGCGCGGUCGUCCCACUGCCACGACGACGGCUGCGCCGCGGCGGCGGCCGGCCUCACGGAGCGCCACCCGGCGUCGCCCCUGGCGCACCACAUCCUCGGCCACGCGCGCGCCUCGGUCGACGCGCGCGCGGGCGACGCGGUCCCGCCGCGCCGCCGAGCUCGCCCCAGGAUCGCCGCCACACGCGCCUCCGCGCUCCUCUACGCGCGCCGGCCCGGAGAGGCCCUCACGGAGUGCGCGCGCGCACUCGACGACGUGGCGGACCCUACCGACCCGGCCCUGCACGCCGCCGACGCCGCCGCUGGCGCCUCCCGCCGCGCCGCGCUCGUGGCAACAACGAGCCCGCAUGCGCGCGUCGCGGCGGCGCGGCAGCGGCUACUCGGGGUCCACGCCGACGCGGAGGCCCUCGAGGCCACGGGGGUCCGCCAGGCCACCGCGCCACCCGUGGGCGUGGCGGCGCCGACGACGAAGCCACUGUGCUGUUGCCGCCACGCCACCACGCGGAAGGCGGUGACCGACGACGACCUGCGCGGCUUUCUCACGGUGAACCUCGACGACCUGAGGUCCUACUGCGACCAAACGGGCGGCGGCGGCGUGCAUCUGCUCACCUGCGCAGUGGAGUUUGCCAAGGCCACAAAGGCAUGGGCGUACUGGCUGUGCCCUGUGUGCGACAUGGUUUUCUUGGACGCAAACUCGUUCGUGUCACACGUCGAGGGCGAGUACAUCGAUGAACUCCAAGAACUGCAGCCGUUGAUGCCGAAAAGAGCAGCCUUGGAUUCCGAAGAGCUUCAGUAUUCCUUGAAGUGGACGUCAUUUGAGAUGGGAGAAGAAGAUGUAGAGCGAAGAAAGAACUUGGACAGGAUCAAGGAUGUCUUUUCUGGCCUCAAUACAUUUAAGGCUCUCUCUGUUGGCCUUGUGGACAAGGUCAAGUUUGCGAGGAGCAGGUCCAAGAAACCAUUGCCAUAUUGCAUUCCUUCCUGUGUCACCUCAUUGGACUCCAUGGAAAUUCAGAGACUCGAUAAACCAUUGGACCAGCUUUAUAAUCAUUUAUCCAGAGGCUGGGAAUUCGUGAGGAUUUUGGGUGAUGAAGGGAAGAACAAGGAAGGUCGUUCUGAUAUCAUAUCUCUGGUUCAAGAUGGGACCUUAUUAUCUUUGGACGCUGAGAAGGUUGCUUCAAGAACAAAGGAUGGUUCUUGCGAGGAGGAUGCGCUGUUUAGAUGGCUGUUAAAUUUUCUGGAAGAGGAUAAGUUGAAUAAUUCUGCUGGAGAAGACUCACAGGAUGGGGGUGAUAAAAAUGCUGUCAAUAAUGGAGAUGGUUUAGAUAAUCUGCAUGAGGAAUCUUUGUUCGAAGACAAAAUUCCAGACAUUGAUUCAGACAUGCGUUUUACUAUCAGCAGGACAGAUGAAUGUGAAAACUCCUCGCUCUCGCAAUCCGAUAGCUCGAAUUUUUCUACCUUGGAAGCUGAAAGUUCUUCCAUAGACAGUGGUGUAGGUUCUGUACUUCACAUCACUGCUGAGGGUCUGCUGUUUUUGAAUGUGACUCUGCGGGCAUUGUGGCAUUUGAGGGAGUUCCAUGAUAGGUUCCUGGAUAUGCCACUUGUACUGCCUCAUCUUACUGUUGAGGUCCACUGCAUUAUCUGUCUUUUGCGAAAAACAUUUAAAGCAUGGGACAACGAGAAAGACUAUGGCGGCGCACUCCAGUUCUAUGGGAGUGAUGAUAGAAGAAGCGCACUCCUCUUUGUCACCGGUGGAGACGCACUGCCUAGCGCUGCCGCGUUUCGCUAUCGGCCACCACGAGGUCGUCUCCGCUGGUCGCUGUUGCGAUUGAUUCCAGACAGCCGUACCCGUGCAACCCUCUCGUUUCGAUGGUCUCCAUGGGAUCCAGGCGGCUACUCGAGCCUGUCCAGCAUGCGGAGGGUGUCCGCCGCAUCUUCAGGAUUCAAGAAUAAAGAGUCGAGUUUAUUUGAAAUAAGCCGAGAUGUAAAAGACUUGUUCUUAGGUGUUCAGUUUGUGUCUAGUGAAGCCAUAAUUAGCAUCAUUGUUAGGUCGCAGCUCGAGGACGAGCUGCAUGUCCGGGAAGGUAUGAACAUUGCAUCAGAAAUUAUAUCAACAAUCUUGGAGACCAAACUUUUACAAUCAAGAAGCUCCAAAUCAUAUUUUCUUUCUACUAGUUUCAUUCCUUAA